GGGGGUUCCAGCCAGAGGCCCCCACUGGGCAGCACCUGGCGCCGCCCCGCCCCUCCAGGCCUGGCACUCGCCCUCAACAAAUAUGGCGCGGACGACCUCACGCGCGUCACGCAACUCGACCGCAAGACUUCUCCCGCGCCGCUCUUUUCCCCGCAGACGGAGGCCGAGACGGGGAGCGGGAAGCGUGACCUGGGGGACGGCGGUGGCCUGCGCGGCUCUCGGGCCGCUGUUGUGUGCCUGCACACUGGCGCUGCCGGGCGGGAUGCUGUACCCCCCGGGGAGCCCGUCGUGGGAGCGCAGGGAGCUGGACGGCCUCUGGAGCUUCCGCGCCGACUUCUCCGACAACCGACGCCGGGACUUGGAGCAGAGGUACCGGCGACCGUUGCGGGUGUUGGGCGCCACCUUGGACAUGCUGGUUCCCUCCAGCUUCAACGACAUCGGCCAGGGCUGGCGGCUGCGGCAUUUUGUCAGCUGGGUGUGGUAUGAAUGGGAGGUGACCCUGCUGGAGCGAUGGAUCCAGGACCUGCGCACAGGAGUGGUGCUGAGGAUUGGCAGUACCAUCCUCCAUGCCAUCGUGUGGGUGAAUGGGGUCAAUGCGCUAGAGCAUGAAGGGGGCUACCUCCCCUUUGAGGCUGACAUCAGCAGCCUGUUUCAGGUGGGGCCCCUGCCCUCCCGCCCCUGCAUCACUGUCGCCGUCAACAACACGCUCACCCCCCAGCCCUGUCACCAGGGACCAUCCGUACAUGACCGACACCUCCAAGUGGGGACCAUCCUGCCUCCACUGCACGCAACCACCUUCCCGCCCCACCCUGUGGUCUUCCUGUUAGGGACAGGGUGGCCUUCGCAGAGAGGAGGCCCUGGAUCUGGGGAGGCAUGUGAGCUGAGGUCAAAAGACCCAUGGCAAGGGCCCAGCAAACCACAGUCCUCCCGCCCUAGGUAUCCCAAGGGUUACUUUGACUUCUUCAACUACGCGGAACUGCAGCGGUCUCUGCUUCUAUACACGACACCCACCAUCUAUGUCGAUGACAUCACCGUCACCACCGGCAUGGAGCGAGACAGAACCCUUCCUCACCGGGGCCCAGGGUGGCUCUGUUCGCUGUUUGGACAGCUCUCCCAGGAAAAAGGUUCUCCCAGCAUCUCUAAACCCUUACAGGUUCCCAUCCACCUACGAAGCUGA